ACCCGGCGUUCUUGCUUUCUGAUUCCAGCGCUUUACACCUUCUGGCACUCUCUGACCCAUCCUUGUACCAUAUCCUCCAUCCCGUUCUUAUCUUUCAAUCCAGCGGCAGCACGCGUGCUACACUAGCCGCUGCUGUCUGAUGACUGCUUGUGUUUCUACCUUAUCUUUUUCUCAUUGUCUCUGCGAAAGGCCUAGAAAUUGCAGCCUGUCCCAGCCCGCCCGGCUUGGCCUUGUUUUCUCGUCUUUGUUGGAGCGUUUUGCAACGGUUUCUUGUAUUCGCGGAGCGCACCCAGCAAAACUCCGGAAAAAAAAAUUCAUUUCUGGGUUCUGCGGGGGGUGUUUUGAAAUUGUCAAGGUUGUGCUUGUUUGCGGAUAUGGUAAUCACGGCAGUCAGUUUGUCUUUUGCGGGUCUGGAUUUAUCACUUCUGCGGGACAGAGCCGGGUGUUCGAGAGUUACAACCAUCUUGAUCUGAGGCUCUCUAUCAUUGGAACGCGUGUAUGGUGGGAAUGGAGAGAGGCUACGAGAGAAAUGUUGUGCUCUGUUAUUUUUCGAGUUGGCUAGAUUUAUCUGCUGCUUAGUCUUGCUUCACGAUGCAGCAACAGAAAUCACAGAAACGAGUAUCAUCAGCAUGAUC